GGCAGUUCCAUCUCCUCGCCGGAUUGGAUUCCGGCCGCCAAUAAUUCGUCCGCUCCGCGCCGGCGCCAUUUCGUGUGGCUAUUCGUCGGCCUGAAUCCAGCAUCGCAAUUCGCGGCCACAUGUGCGCGCAUAUAUGAUUGCUGCCCUCUGGUUCACUUUGUUCGCCUCUCGAUUUGUUCCGAGAGCAGGAUCUUCCUACGGCGCUCCCUGAGGUGAUCGCUGAUCGGUGAUUCAGACAUUGGGCUCUUUGAGCAUCCAACCACCAUUGCCUUAUUUUUACUACGACGAUCCAGUUGAGUGCCUUCGUUGUAGCUGGUAGUAGCGGCAGACAUCGGUUCGAUACGCCGUUGCGUCCUCUUGUCUGACGAAGGAACGCAAGUAUUUUUUUUCUUCUGCAACUUUGCGCAUACUAUGUGUGUUCACCUCUCCUCUCGGUGUCUGAAUUCCUAGCAAAGUUCAGGGGGAUCCGAGGUGCUGCAGCUCGGGGUUGGCGUUUAACUGAAGCUCAGGCUGAAAAUAAAAAUCUAGCAAAAGUGGAAGGAUUCGUUGAGUCGCGGAGAUGCUGCCCUACUUUGAUCCGGAGUACGAGAACUUCAACCAGCGCAUCAACCCUCCAAGGGUGUGCAUCGACAACACCACAUGCAGUGACUGCACCUUGGUGAAGGUUGACAGCAUGAACAAGAAUGGCAUUCUGCUGGAGGUGCUGCAGGUCCUGAGUGAUCUCGACCUCCACAUCUUCAAGGCAUACAUCACCUCUGAUGGCGGAUGGUUCAUGGAUGUGUUUCAUGUCGUGGAUAAGCAAGGACAGAAGAUUACUGAUGACAAGACCAUCAAGUACAUUGAGAAGGCUUUAGGUCCAGAGAGCAAUCUGCUUGGCGCGAAAGGCAGCAACUCCCCGGGGAGGUCGGUCGGGCUGCACUCCAUCGGCGACCACACCACCAUCGAGCUCAAGGGCCCCGACCGGACGGGCCUCCUCUCGGAGAUCUUCGCGGUGCUCGCCGAUCUCCAGUGCAACGUGCUGGCCGCCGAGGUGUGGACGCACCGGAUGCGCGUGGCCUGCGUGGUGUACGUCAACGACGUGGCCACGGGCCUGGCCAUCGACGACCCCUGCCGCGUGUCCCAGAUCGAGACCCGGCUGCGGCACGUGCUCCGCGGGUACGGCGACGGCGGCGGCGGCGGCGGCGACGACGACGGCCGCGGCGCGCUCGCCAACUUCGCGGUCGGGUCGGCGCCGCACCACGUGGACCGGCGGCUGCACCAGCUCAUGCACGCCGACGUGGACGUGGACGGCGACGCCGCGCCGGCGGCCUUGGCGGCCGGCGAGGGCGACAGGCCGGUGGUGACGGUGGAGCACUGCGAGGAGAAGUCCUACUCGGUGGUGAACGUCAAGUGCCGGGACCGGUCCAAGCUGCUGUUCGACAUCGUGUGCACGCUCACUGACAUGCAGUACGUCGUGUUCCACGCCGCCGUCUCGUCCGAGGCCAGCUACGGCAUCCAGGAGCUGUACAUCCGUCGCAAGGACGGCAAGACGCUCCUGAAAAACGAAGCCGAGAGGGUGAUCAGGUGCCUCGAAGCGGCCAUCUCCAGACGAGUAUCCGAGGGCUUCACGCUGGAGCUGUGCGGCAGGGACCGGGUGGGCCUGCUGUCGGACGUGACGAGGGUGCUCCGGGAGCACGGGCUGACGGUGGCGCGCGCCGACGUGACGACGGUGGGUGGGCAGGCCACCAACGUCUUCUACGUCCGCAACCCCUCGGGGCAGCCCGUGGACAUGAAGACCAUCGAGGGUCUCCGGGGCCGGGUCGGCCAGACCAUCAUGCUCAGCGCCAAGAGCGUCCCCGCCAACGUCGCCAAGGCGCCCGAGCCGGCCUCCGGUGGCUUGGCCAGGGCCAGCUUCUUCUCCUUCGGCAACCUCUUCGCCAAGCUCCGAGCCUGAUCAAACUGAUUCCGGCUCCAAUUGUGUAAUUUGGUGUAGAGAUGAACUGAGGACUAGAGUAGUGGGACAGGGGGAGAGCAACUGUAUGUGGCAUGUAGCAGCUGUGGUUGUAGAGUUCAUAAGGAGCCUCUACCAGACUGGUGGUUCUGUGCAAUGCAGACUGCUUGUUGAGGUGCAUCGGUGCAUUGGGCUACCUGAUCAUCUGAUCUGCAUCGUUUUGCAUCAGACAUCCUGUAACCUGUUCAACCUGUAUCUGAUUGGUCAACCUCUCAGCUAGCUGAACAUCUCAGCAUUUGGCUCUCUGCAA